ACUCUUUCUCUCUGUGUUUCUCUUUCUUUCUUUCUUUCUCUCUCUCUCUCUCUCUCUCUCUCUCUCUCUCUCUCUCUCUCUCUCUCUCUCUCUCUCUCUCUCUCUCUCGAUACCACAGCGAUGUGUCUCUUUAUCUCGUUGGGAUUUUGUUAUCCAGCCACUUUUGUAGACUUCAAACCUUUCAAACUUUUCUGAACUUGUUUUUCUUUAUUUGCGUGGACUCCCAAGUUCUGCUUUUCAGCCACACAUCAAUUUCAUCUAGUCUGGACUGUACAAGUCUUUCUUUUUUGGCUCACAAAGCCUUUCAGUUUUUUAUAUUAAUAUAUAAAUCUAUAUAUCGUGACAUCUUUUGGUAUAUUUGAGGGAUUUUCCUGUAGACUGGACCCCCUGACCUCAGCUCUGGACUCUGCUUUUAGUUUAGUGAGCAGCUUCGGCUUUGCUAUACAAGCAUGGAGGAGAAUGACAACAUGGACUAUUUUUACCAGCAAGUUUUGCAGAAGGACGUGAGCCGGCGGCUGCAGCUCGGUCCAGACCUCAUUGACUACCUGAGUGACCCACAGAGAUCCUGCGACGUGGAUCAGGACAAAUCCCGCCUGGAUAAAACCAUAGACGAGCUAACAGGCUGGGUGAACUCCAGCAACUACAAGGUUGCAUUGCUGGGGAUCGAUAUUGUCAGCGCAUUUGUUGACCGGCUGAGCGAACGCUUUCGAGGUUAUGUAGGCACAGUGGUCCCUGCAUUAGUGGAUCGUCUGGGUGAUUCGAAAGAUCAGGUGCGAGAUCAGGCACAGGCGCUCAUUCUCAAGCUGAUGGAGGAGGCAGCCACUCCCAUGUACGUAUGGGAGAGGUUGUUCCCUGGCUUUAAACACAAGAACUACCGAAGCAGAGAAGGAUUGUGUUUGUGUCUGGUCGCCACACUCAAUGCGUACGGUGCCCAGCCACUGGGUCUGAGUAAAUUUGUACCGCAUCUGUGUGUACUAACAGGAGACCAGAACCCUCAAGUACGGGAGACCGCUAUCACAGCUCUGGUUGAGGUGUAUCGGCAUGUAGGUGAGCGAGUGAGGGCAGACCUCGGCAAGAGAGGACUGCCAGCUGCACGAUUGCAGACGAUUUUAGGCCGGUUUGAUGAAGUGCUGAACUCUGGAGUCAUGGCUCUCAGCCUGAGUCAAGAUCGUAGCUUUGAUGACGAUGACUCGGUGGAUGGUAGCCGGCCCUCGUCAUCCCAGGCAGCUUUCAAAGUCCCCAAAGUGCCGAAGAAACCUGCAGAUUCAGCCAACAGUUCCAGGAGACCCAGUGCUACUGGAGCCACCAAAAUGAGUGUGUCUAAAGAGGUAGCUGGAGCUUUAGACGAGGAGGACUUUAUUAAAGCAUUCACAGAUGUCCCCACUGUUCAGAUCUAUUCCACGCGUGAUCUGGAGGAUAAUCUGAACAAGAUCCGAGAGAUUCUCUCCGAUGAUAAACACGACUGGGAUCAGAGAGCUAUUGCAUUAAAGAAGAUCCGAUCUCUGCUGGUGGCAGGGGCAAAAAACUACGACUGUUUCUACCAGCACCUGCGCUUACUAGAUGGAGCGUUUAAGCUUUCAGCUAAGGACCUGCGAUCGCAGGUGGUGCGAGAGGCCUGCGUCACUGUGGCGCACCUGUCCACACUGUUGGGGAAUAGAUUCGACCAUGGAGCAGAGGCCAUCGUUCCUGUAUUGUUUAAUCUUAUUCCCAACUGUGCAAAAAUAAUGGCGACCUCUGGGACAGCAGCAAUUCGCAUCAUUAUACAGCAUACACACGUGCCACGGCUCAUUCCUCUCAUCACCGGGAACUGCACUUCAAAAUCUGUGGCUGUAAGGAGACGCUGUUAUGAAUUCUUGGAUCUGCUACUGCAGGAGUGGCAGACACACUCUCUGGAGAGGCAUGCGGCCGUUUUGGUGGACAGCAUAAAGAAGGGAAUCAGAGAUGCUGACUCAGAGGCUCGAGUGGAGGCUAGAAAGGCCUACUGGGGGCUGCGGGCUCAUUUCCCCACAGAGGCGGAGUCUCUGUAUAACUCGCUAGAACCGUCCUACCAGAAGACACUUCAGUCGUGUCUAAAGAGCUCGGGCAGCGUGGCAUCACUCCCACAAUCGGAUCGCUCUUCCUCCAGCUCGCAGGAAAGUCUCAAUCGGCCGUUAACUUCAAAGUGGUCGGCUGCUCCGGGCAGAGUUCCAGCCAGCUCUAAAUCAGCAGGCUCACCAGGUUCCCUGCAACGAUCUCGGAGUGAUGUUGAUGUAAAUGCAGCAGCCAGUGCUAAGGCCAGACACGGUGGACAGGCAGGAGGAGCUGGCCGCCUCACUACGGCUUUACCCCCAGGCACCUAUGCCUCGCUAGGACGUCUCCGUACUAAGCAGCCGUUGUCAACUCCAUCAGGAUUGAGCAGCACUCAGGUGGACUCGAGGGCCCGGAGCCGAACAAAGAUGGUAUCUCAGUCCCAACGUUCCGACGAUUCUGAUUGCACGCCAGCGGGCUCUCGCUCUGGGUCUCCAGGCCGUGUGUUGGCCAGCACAGCUUUGAGCACACUCAGUACAGGCGCCCAGCGUGUGAGUGCUGCUCCCGGUUCCCAGCGGCGCAGCAGAAUCCCGCGCAGUCAGGGCUGCAGCCGAGAUUCAAGCCCCACCCGACUGUCUGUGGCGCCAUCCAACGUCAGCCACAUCUACAAUGGAUCAAAAGGAGCGCGGGGUAGUCGUAUACCACGGCCUAGUGUGAGUCAGGGCUGCAGUCGUGAGGCCAGUCGAGAGAGCAGCAGAGACACCAGCCCUGUGCGUUCCUUCACACCGCUUGCUUCACGACACUACUCUCGCUCUACUGGUGCCCUUCAUGCCCCAGAUGCCUUUGGGGCAGCAGGUUCAGGUUUGGGGAUCUCGCAGUCCAGUCGUCUCUCUUCUUCUGUCAGUGCCAUGAGAGUGUUAAAUACGGGGUCGGAUGUGGAGGAGGCCCUCGCUGAUGCAUUGCUGUUAGGAGAUAUGCGGAGCAAGAAAAAGCCAGCUCGGCGGCGGUACGAAAACUACAGCAUGUAUUCCGAUGACGAUGCCAACAGUGAUGCAUCGAGUGCUUGUUCAGAGCGUUCAUAUAGCUCACGCAAUGGCAGUAUUCCCACAUACAUGCGUCAGGCUGAGGAUGUGGCCGAAGUACUUAACCGAUGUGCUUCGGCCAACUGGUCUGAGAGGAAAGAGGGGCUGAUGGGGUUACAGGCCCUGCUGAAGAACCAGCGUGCUCUCAGCCGGGUUGAGCUCAAGAGAUUGUGUGAAAUUUUUACAAGGAUGUUUGCAGACCCACACAGCAAGCGUGAGUCCAGAGGCUUCGGCACGGCAGAAUCCGGUAUCAGUUCCGCCUCCUUUAAGGUGUUCAGCAUGUUCUUGGAGACACUGGUGGACUUCAUAAUGGUUCAUAAGGCAGACCUCCAGGACUGGCUGUUUGUGCUGCUUACACAGCUGCUGAAAAAGAUGGGCGCCGACCUCCUCGGCUCCGUACAGGCCAAAGUACAGAAAGCCCUCGACGUCACAAGGGAGUCUUUUCCAAAUGAUCUGCAGUUCACAAUUCUCAUGAGAUUCACCGUAGACCAGACACAGACACCCAACUUAAAGGUGAAAGUGGCCAUUUUGAAGUAUAUAGAGACCUUGACGUUACAAAUGGAGCCACAGGACUUUGUGAACUCCAGCGAGACCAGACUUGCAGUCUCCCGCAUUAUCACAUGGACCACAGAACCCAAGAGCUCUGAUGUCAGGAAGGCAGCCCAGUCUGUGCUGAUUUCACUGUUCCAGUUGAAUACACCAGAGUUCACCAUGCUUCUUGGUGCCCUACCUAAAACCUUCCAAGACGGAGCUACCAAACUCCUUCAGAACCACCUACGCAACACUGGCGGUGUAGCACCAGCCCCAGUAGGAAGCCCCUUGACACGACACACUCCAAGGUCACCGGCCAGCUGGUCAAGUCCUCUAACAUCCCCUACCAACACGUCACAGAACACGCCUUCCCCGAGUGCAUUUGAUUACGACACAGAGAAUAUGAACUCGGAGGAGAUUUACAGCUCUCUGCGUGGCGUUACCCAAGCCAUCCAGAACUUCAGCGUGCGGAGCCAAGAGGACAUGAGUGAACCUCCUCGCAAAAGAGAGGGAGACGGAGAAGAGGGCGGUGCUGACACAAUGGAAACUGGUCGGACAGCAUUGGAUAACAAAACGUCUCUGCUGAACACCAUGCCCCUCCUCUCCUCUAGUCCCCGCCCCAGCAAGGAGUAUCAGCCAGGUAGUUACUCAGACUCUUCCUUCGGAUCCUCCCCUUUUAGUAAGAGCCUGAAAGAGCCACUGGACCAUGACGGCGAGAGCCUUACGGAUGAUAGCAGUGUGGACCAAUCUGAGGUGGUGGCUGAGCUGUUAAAGGAGCUGUCCAAUCACAGCGAGCGGGUGGAGGAGAGGAAGGCAGCGCUCUGUGAACUCAUGCGGCUGAUCAGGGAAACACAGCUGCACGUCUGGGAUGAACAUUUCAAAACUAUUCUCCUGCUGCUGCUGGAAACCAUGGGGGAUGGAGAGCAUGUGAUUCGUGCACUUGCACUGCGGGUGCUGAAGGAGAUUUUGAACAGACAGCCCUGGCGCUUCAAGAACUAUGCAGAGCUUACUAUUAUGAAGACCUUGGAAGCACACAAAGACCCACACAAAGAGGUGAUCCGGGCAGCAGAAGAAGCAGCAGCCAUGCUGGCAAGUUCCAUCAGCCCAGAGCAGUGCAUUAAGGUGCUAUGUCCCAUCAUUCAGUCUGCAGACUAUCCCAUCAAUCUGGCUGCCAUCAAGAUGCUCACCAAAGUAAUUGAGCGACUGCCCAAGGAAAGUCUGGUCCAGAUGCUUUCGGAGAUUGUCCCUGGACUCAUUCAGGGUUAUGAUAACUCUGAGAGCAGUGUACGGAAAGCUUGUGUGUUCUGCCUUGUUGCCAUCUAUGCCAUCAUCGGGGAGGAUCUCAAACCUUUCCUCAGCCAACUGUCUGGCAGCAAGCUGAAGCUGUUGAACCUGUAUAUAAAGCGUGCUCAGAGUGGCUCUGGCGGAAGUGGUGACCAGUCAUCAGAUGUGGGAGGUCUGUAGCUGAACCCACAGGAUUGUAAGGGCUGGAGUCCUUGCAGGCUUUUAACACACAUCCAAACACUCAGACCGCUAUAAACGUACACAGGCUUACAGAUACACACAUGCAAACAAGUAUGGACUUGCUGGACAUCUUCCUCUUCCCCUCCUCUUCUAUCCAGCUGCAGCCAUGUGGGACAGCAUAGAUCAGACUCCAACACUUCCUGUUAAACUAACAACGUCUUCUUUUUGUGUGAGCAUGACUCAUUGUUGUGCCAGUGGUAAGCUUUGUCGAGCUUGUUGAGUGUGUGUAUACGAGAGAGAGUGUACGUGUGUGUCAGUGCAAGUUCACUUACCUUUUAAAAUCCCAGCAUUGAGAUAAAAAGGAGAGAGGGGAGGCUUUACGUGUCACUCCGCAAUAUCAAGAUCAUUUCUUUACGAUCAAAGAGCUUUUGAGGAAACUCAGAUUCACAAGAUGCAACUCACAGCUCUGAGCAACAGAAUCAGCACAGAUUUCAUUAGAAGUGCUUAUAGGUCCUUGAUCGAUUCUUAAUGAUCUUCUCACUUCAUAACACUGAAUGGUUGGUUCAGCUUGCUCUAUCAUAUGGCAUACUUUGCUUGGCUAUCUGCAUGUCAUGAUUAAAACCAACCCUUUUUAUCUGGUCACCUGUAGGACUUAAUGGGUCCAGGGACCCACUCACACAUCCGAGGUUUGUGUCGCAGUUGUACUGCGAAGCCAGAUGUCAUUUGAAUACAUAGGCAAUAUGUAUCUAUAUAACACAACAGGAGUAUUCAAGAAAAUCUCGUGUUAUUUGGAGGCUGUGUAGAUUCUUUUAAGUAGCGUAGUGUCAUUUCUUCUCCAAAGGGAAAUUUGUAGAAAUGUAUUUACGCAAAAACUGAUGUGUGUCUUUCUCCUUUCUGUAGUUUCUCUUUCUCCCCUGUGAGGAAAUUUUCCUCUGGAUUCCCAACUGCAUUUCUAAAGCUAUGCUAACAAUAAAAUGAAAAUAAAAAAAUGUACAUACAUGAGUAAA